UCAUAAACACGUAAGCAAAGAAAGAAGACAUUUACGCUGACGGAGGAAUCGGGCACACUAGCGAAAUGAAAAUAAUUGCAUUGUUUAUCUGGGUAAUAUUGUGCAAUUCCGCCUCCGGCGACUGUGGGUGCCAGAAUCUGGACCGGAAGACGACAGCCGAUAAGCCUCCACUGCCGGACAAAGUGUGCCUGCAACGGAAGCGGGGCGCCAACAGCCACUAUCGGGAUUACUAUGGCGAGCUGGAGGCGGAAGCGGAAAUCAAGGACAUGUCCCUCAUUCCCGGAGGCACCGUCUCUGUGGGCACCGACGAGCCGCACUUUUCGGCCGAUCGGGAGGCUCCGGAGCGACAGGUGAAGCUGCACGACUUCUUUCUGGACAAGUACGAAGUGUCUAACGACGCCUUUGCGGAGUUUGUGCUGUCCACCAACUACACCACGGAAGCGGAGCGCUUUGGUGACAGUUUCCUGUUCAAGACCCUGCUGAGUUCCUUGGAGCAGAAGGAUUUGGAGGACUACCGCGUCGCGAGUGCCGUUUGGUGGUACAAGGUGGCCGGGGUGAGCUGGCGCCAUCCUAAUGGGGCGGACAGUAAUCUGGACAACCUGGGACGACACCCCGUGGUGCACGUCUCCUGGCGCGACGCCGUGGAGUACUGUUCCUGGGCUGGUAAGCGAUUGCCAAGCGAGGCAGAGUGGGAGGCGUCCUGUCGCGGCGGCAAGGAGCGCAAACUGUUCCCGUGGGGCAACAAACUGAUGCCCAGGGACGAGCACUGGCUGAACAUCUGGCAGGGCGACUUCCCCGACGGCAACCUGGCCGACGACGGCUACGAGUACACCUGUCCGGUGGAUGCCUUCCGGCAGAACGUCUACGACCUGCACAACAUGGUGGGCAACGUCUGGGAGUGGACGGCGGAUCUGUGGGACGCGAACGACGUCAGCCAGAACCCGAAUCGGGUGAAGAAGGGUGGUUCGUACUUGUGCCACAAGUCUUACUGUUACCGGUACAGGUGCGCGGCUCGCUCCCAGAACACCGAGGACAGCUCGGCCGGCAACCUGGGCUUUCGGUGCGCCAAGAACGCUUGAGUUUUCAUUGCAGAAAGCGAUGGAGGUCCCGUUAUGUAUGAUGUACAUAUGUAUUGUAUUGAGCAACAAGGACAUUGGAAGUUAUAAUAUACUCUUUUUUAUGUUAAAGGUGUAUUUCGUUGUGAAACAACGAAUAUUUUAAAUAUUCUAAUCUCAAAGCUUAUUUUAAAAACCUUACAAAGAUGAGGUAGCAACAUAAUAAAAAUUUGAAAUUUUGAGACCAUGAAGGAAAAUGUGAUACGUUUCACAAAGAAUCACUCAUAUACCUAAUUUUUAUCAUUGUAUAGAAGACAAAUUUAAUAUCACAAACACAAAUAAAAAUUACUUCUGCCUUAUUGCCUAAUAAAAACAAAGGAGUCGAGAUACUAAAAUCGAUCGGUGCUCUAAUAUUUUUGCGCUGUAAUUGGUACACAAUAAAUAUAAGGCAGUUGGUAAUGUUUCGAAUCGGUAAGGUUACUACAAAUGU